UAGACCAUCAGACCGGCCGGAGGAGCUCGCGCAAGUAUAUAAGCGCCGGCUUGUCACCACGAAUUCGCCAGAGGAGUUUUAAAUUAAGGAUUGUGUGGAGCAGAGCCGCAGCCCACACGGGGAUAUUUUUCACCGAAACAGGAGAGAGACUCAAAGCUUGGGACACCUUCGCAGCCCGCGAGAUUGGACCAAGACACACGCAACAUGCGCUCAGCCCUGAUUUUAUUCGGGUGCCUCUUCGUCGCCUCCGUCGCUUUUGCGGAGCCGAUUAGGGCGAAGAAAGAAGCACCACUCUCAUCAUAUGGCCCACCGGCGGCUUCCUACGGCGUCCCCGGCACCGGCGUAAGCAACUCUUACGGACCACCUCCGGCCCCGUCCUCCAGCUACGGAGUUCCAUCCAACAGCUAUGGUGCCCCGGCCCUUGGUUUCUCCGAUGCCUCCGCCUCGGCUCACUCGUUCGGCGGUAGCAGCAGCAGCAGCUCCUUCGCCAGCGCUGGUGCGGUCGGCCACGUCUCCGACUCGUACGGAGCACCCGCUCCCCAAUAUGGUGCCCCAGCUCCGGUCUACGGAGCUCCUCAGCAGCAGCAGCACCACCAACCCUCGGGUCGCUGGGAGAAGAAACUCACCUGGAAGCAGGAAUGGCAGAAGGUCUGGAAGACCGAGAACAAGAUGACCUGGAAGCAGGAGUGGAAGAAGGUCCAGGUGCCAGUCUGGAAGGAGGUGCAGGUGCCCAUCUGGAAGGACGUCCAGGUGCCCGUCUGGAAGAAGGUGCAAAAGCCAGUGUGGAAGGAGAUCCAGGUACCAGCCUGGAAGGAAGUCCAAGUGCCAGCGUGGAAGAAGGUCUGGAAGCCAAUCUGGAAGGAAGUCCAGGUGCCAAUCUGGAAGGAGGUCCAAGUGCCCGACUGGAAAAAGGUCUGGGUACCAGAGUGGGUCAAGGUCGGCAUCCCCGGCGAGAAGCACCUCGGUACCGACGGCCACGGCUGGCAGUACACCAGCCACGACCUGUGGAAGAAGAAGCUCGUCUGGAAGCCCGUGUGGAAGAAGGUCUGGCGCACCGAGAAGAAGCAGACCUGGUCGACCGACAAGAAGCUCGAGUGGGUAGCCAAGUGGGAGCAGGUCUGGAAGAGCGAGAAAAAGCAGGUCUGGAACACCGAGAAGAAGCUCGUCUGGAAGGAGGAGUCCGUCCAGGCUUGGGACAACCAGAAGAAGCAGGUCUGGGUGACCGAAAAGAAGCAGGUCUGGAAGGACGAGUGGAAGAGCAGGUGGGUACCAGCCUGGAAGCAAGUCCAGGUACCCGACUGGAAGCAGGUCUGGAAACCAGUCUGGGAGAACGUCUGGGUACAGGACCAGCAUCAGCAGAACCACGACGAGGGAUACAAGUACUAGACGCUCUUUCGAGACAGUCGCCCGAGUCUGUACUCUUUGCGGUCGUCCCCGCUCUCUAUAAGCUAAAGUUUGCGUCUACCGAUGGAUUAUCAUUGUUUAACUAUUGUAUACCAAGGAAGCUUCUGCUGUGAGCGAAGUAUGCCCCGAUUAUACUGCAGCACAGGAGAAGCUUCGCGGGUCUUCCAAUCGGUCGUCGAGCGAUAAUAGUUACCAGUACGGAGAUUACUCACUCGUUGAACGAAAUGAUAUGCGAAUCGAAGCCGGUGUACGUAUACAGGGCCCAGUGAUUUCCACCCCCUUCAUCACACAGGGGACGAAUUGGCCGCGGUCAGUCUUUAUAGUUAAGGAUGAAGUUGUACAAUUAUUGUGUACCCACGAGUUAUUAUGUUUGCCGCUGUUUUCCCUCCCACUGUAAAUAACUUCUGUCAAAUAACGCGAGGUGUUCUUUUUUUUUUGUUAGCUCGUAGUGCCCCCCCUAUGUGUAAUGUUAUAUUAAUUUUUGUACCAUCGCAAUUAUUAUUUUUCUAUACGAAAUAAAAACGAAAAUUUUUUAUAC